UAUCGGGACUUCACUUGUUUUCUUCUGUUAGAUUUUCUGUAUUGAGCCGUCCAUAUUUUCAUUUACAGAAAAAGAUGUGCGGAUUAUUUUUUGGUUCUCUGGUCUUCACGCUUUUUGCAGCUGAAGCGCUCGCAAAGUCUAAUAGUGACUCAACGUUUAUCAAUGAUGUUACAAGUGAACUUUUUGGAAAAUGCUACAAACCGUGCUUUACGGAACGAGAAAGUCUUUAUGGUGCUAAAGAUGAUAAAGAAAGAUGCAGCAAGGCGGUCGAUUACAGGACAUGUAUCAGCAACUUCGCCGAAUGCAAAAGUGGCGACGUGUUAAAAGAAUUCGAAAAUUUCUAUGACGAGGUUAAUCGUUUGUGUGAAACAGGAACACCAGAUACACCAAAAGAAACAACGACAACACCAUCGACACCAUCGACUACAACAACCCCCACAACGACGACACCAGCGACUACAACAACCCCCACAACAACCACGAGUACGGCAACUACUACUACCAAAACUCCUAAUAACCAAGCAAUAGGAGGUCGUAAAAGACGAGCUACAGAUAUAAAAACAGCUGUUGACAAUUUGUUAAAAGCCAACUUAACUUGCGUUAAUGAGAUGUGUCUUGCGAAUAAAACUGCUAUGCUGUCACCCGAUCAAAAAACCAUAGACUGCACGUUGUUGGGAGUUUACGGGAAAUGUCUUUCCGAAACAUGCCCUGGACUAGAACCAUCAGUUACUAAAUACAACGAAAAGUGCGGUGCAGACAACAUACAGCUCUUUUCGUAUGUCUUACUUACGGCUGGUGUUAUGUUUAAACUUUUGGUGUAAUAUUUUCAUUCAUGACAAAGACUCCGUCCGCAUACCAGCGUAUCUAUUUUUAUGGUAAAUGACUCAACUAUAUUACAAAAAGUAUGUGUUGUUGAAAUUGUUAAUUUUUCUUUUUGAAAACUCCUUUUGUUAAUACAUUUCAGAUUAUUUUACAUUAUUUUGGAGUAAAAUGUCUAAAACAAAUUUAUCUGAAAAAUCCAUUUGGCAAAAAUACUUCUAAUGCAUAUUUUCUGUAGUGAUGUUGAUGAAUACCGAUAAUAGUGUUUCGAUUAUAUUAUUUAUUACUUAUUUUAAACUUUUAUAUUAUAAAUAGUAUAUUUCAGUUUUGAAAAAAAAGAUUUCCAAACUGAGAUCUAUUUCCAGAUUUUAUUUACAUUUUAAUAAAUUAAAUUUUAAUUUUAAAUUUGAGUUUUGGUAUAUGAUUAACAUAAACGUUAUCUGAGUUUGUGAUUGUAAAACAACACCCAUUAUUGUGAAAUAAAUUCCAAAUACACAUGUUUGAACAUAAGUACUAAAUGUAUGAGAUUUAUGUAAAAUUUCAAACACUUUGUAUUUGAUUAAUAUCGUUAAUCAUUGUUAAUUUUUAAAAAAAAUAUUUAUUACAUGUAUAGUAUGACUUAGAAAAAUAAAGUAGUCUUUGC